AUGUUUGCAGUUGGCUUCUUGACCAAUGAAAGAAGUGAGUCUUACGUGUGGUUGUUUAAAACGUUCCUCGAGGCUAUGUAUCAAAAAGAGCCGUCAAUAAUAUUCUCAGACCAAGAUCAGGCCCUUAUGAAUGGUGUUGAUCACACAUUUCGCGAAGCAGCACACAGACUUUGUCAGUGGCAUGUUAACAAAAAUGCCACGAAGCAAUUUGGGCAACUAAACAAUGAUAAGGGGUUCAAGACUUUGUGGUACCAAUGCAUGAAUGGUUGUGAAAGCGAGGAAGAAUUUGAAACCACUUGGCUUAGUUUGAUUGUAGAGCACAACUUGUCGGAGAAUAGAUGGUUUUCAACCAUGUAUAAUUUGAGGAAGCGUUGGUCAUCCGCUUUCACUAGAGAUAAAUUUUUCGGUGGUUUACAUGCGACAUCUCGAAGUGAAGUUACGAAUAAAGUAAUCAAAGAUUUGUGUAGCUCGACCUCUACCGUUUAUGAUUUUGUCAUUGGUUUUGAACGCAUUCUGAAAAAUUGGCGUCAAACCGAGUUUGAAGAGGACACUCUGUGUCGUGGAACGCCUGGAAUGUUUGUGCAACAAACUGGCAUCUUAGUCCAGGUUGCUGAGCUAUGUACUAAGAGCAUCUUCAGAUCUUUUGAGUUCGAGUCUCUGCAUUCAGUUUCUGUAAAGAUGACACACGAACCCCCCGACUUAAACGAUGAGGUGUUGGUGUUCAAAGUGUUUUCAAGAUCGGCAGUAACAGGUUUCCGGACUGUUAGGUUCAAUCAAGAAUCAGAAAUGGCAUGGUGUUCGUGCCAUAUGUGGGAGACUGAGGGCAUUAUGUGCCGCCACUUGUUUAGAGUCUAUUUUCAUUUGAACAUGGAUAGCGUUCCACCUGAGAUGUUGUUGAAAAGAUGGAGGCGUGACUCAAAAGAAAGAGUAGCUCCAAUUGAUGAUGCAAGCGACGAGUGGGGAACAAACAACUUGAGUAACAUGAUAUUCGUGAACCACAACACGAAACGUGUUUACGACAUUUUGGCUGAGUGCAAAGAUGAUUCAAAGUGCCGAAAUGCAAUCAAUGAAUACAUAAAUAACAUGGAAGUUGCAUUGGAGAAUUUGAGAAACGAAGCCAGUUUGGGAAGGAGUGGUAUGGGGUCACAUAAAUCCACUCGUGAGCAACUGCAUCGGACUAUAAAAAACCCCAUUCAAAAGAGGAAGACUCGGCCUAGGCGCAAAAUGUUUAGUAAUUAUUGGGCAGGUCGUGUAGCGGAAGCAAAUAAAGCAGUACUUCAAGAUGCAGAUGUAGACGAACUUGAUGUGCCAGUAGGUAGUCAAGUUGGUUGUUCGCAAGCUAACCACAAUGAAGAGUUGGACGACUCCGAUCGUUUUUCGGUGGAUUAG